AUGGGUCGGAAGCGCUGCGUGGGGGGAGACGGCUCCAAGAUGGCGGCGGGUUGCUGCGGGGUGAAGAAGCAGAAACUCUCCAGUUCCCCUCCCUCGGGCUCGGCCGGCCCGGGGGGCGGCGGCGGCAGCUCCCACUGCGGAGGGGCGGCGGCAGCGGGCGGCGAGCCGGGGGCGCUACCCCCGCCGGGGAUCGCCCGCCUCAACGGCCUGGGGGGGCUGGCGGGGGGCGCCGCCGGCUGCGUCCUGUCCCCGCCGCUGCCGCCCAACUGCGGCGGGGGCCCCGGCGGCCUCUCCCCCCCGGCCGCCUCGCUGCUCGCCUCCCCCGGGGCCGGCUCCGGUGGGCCCGGCUGCAGGAAGAUGGUGGUGUCGGCCGAGAUGUGCUGCUUCUGCUUCGAUGUGCUCUACUGUCACCUGUACGGCUACCAGCCCCCGCGGAGCCCCCGCUUCACCAACGACCCCUACCCGCUGUUUGUAACGUGGAAGAUUGGUCGAGAUAAACGAUUGCGUGGAUGCAUAGGUACUUUUUCAGCCAUGAACCUGCAUUCAGGACUCAGGGAGUACACACUUACUAGUGCCCUUAAAGAUAGCCGUUUCCCCCCAAUGACGAGGGAUGAGCUGCCACGGCUUUUCUGCUCAGUGUCUCUACUCACUAAUUUUGAAGAUGUAUGUGAUUACUUGGACUGGGAGGUGGGUGUACAUGGCAUUAGAAUAGAAUUCAUCAAUGAAAAAGGAUCAAAACGCACCGCCACCUACUUACCGGAGGUUGCAAAGGAGCAAGGAUGGGACCACAUUCAGACCAUAGAUUCCUUAUUGAGGAAAGGAGGCUACAAAGCUCCAAUUACUAAUGAGUUCAGGAAAACCAUAAAACUGACCAGGUACCGUAGUGAGAAGAUGACCAUGAGCUACACAGAGUACCUUGCCCAUCGUCAGCACCAUCACUUCCAAAAUGGCAUUGGGCACCCCCUUCCGCCAUACAACCAUUAUUCCUGACACUGAGCCACAUGACCAGUCACUGGACCUCUCUGCAGACCUCUUCCCAGGAGACCCCGCCCCUUCCUGGUCUAGCUAUCUCUAUUACUGUACCAUUUUAUGAUGAUAGUUUCCGUUGCCACGUUGACGCUUCUCCUUGGUUGGUCAAGUUCAUUGUGGCAACGGGUGAGAAAACUGCAUUAUUACAAAGCUCCCAUAAUUCUUUUUUAUUGAGUCACUGCGGGGUUUUUUUGCAGCAUAUAUAACCCUUGUGUUUUUUUUAUAAAAUUUGAAAUUUAUACUACAUUAACACUGAAUUAUAUCAAUCAAGGUUUUCUGUGACUGUGGAUGGAAGGAAGACUUUAGUGUUUAAGGGUUACAAUUAGGGAUAUCCUUUUUUUGAGUAAGACAUUUGUUGCUGUUGCAUUAAUAGUUGUAACAGGGAAUGAAACAUAUCAGAGAUUCAGGUAUUAAGCAUACAUUCCCCACCAUUGUAGUAAAGGCUCUUUAUUUCAUGUAGUUAAAUACAUGAGCUUCAGAUUCAGUAUUUACAGACAGAAUUUGAAGGGUGAUAUUCCAGAUGAAGAGAAGCUGUUGCACCUAGCAUAAGAGGCAAUGAUGAUAGGAAGUAUUUCAGGAUCAGUUGGUCUAAUUGAUUACAGACUUAAAGUGCCAGAUCCAGCAGGGUACUAAGUGCCCUCAACUCUCAUUCCAUUAUAUGGGAAUUGAGGGUAUUCUGUCCCUCUCAGGAUCAGACACCAAAACAGUGUUUGUAAUGCAGAGAAGAGACUAUUUUCUGACGUUCUCAAAAUAGGAGUCACUUUUGUUUUAAUAAUGGUUGGUGAAUAGGCAGUGUUAUAUUAGGAAGAAAAUGGAUUUAGAUUUUUGUGCCUUUUGACUAGGACAUAAAUAUAGUUACAUAAAAAUCAUAGGAAGAAUAUUAAAAGCACUGGACAGCUCUCUACUGAUCUGGUGUAAAUUACUUUUUAAACUGGGAUUCUUUUGAGCAAGCAAAUUGUGAAAGAUUUUCUCUUCUCUCCCCAUCUUAUUCUUUCUUUUUAGUUUCCUAAGUUUUAUGAUGUCAUGAUUAACUAGAUAACAAUUAACUGCUGUUUUAAGAAACAGUGUGAGUGUUGCAGAAAGAGCACAGGACAAAUAUGCCCUGAUUUCAGAUGUCUUCAUCUAUUACAGGAACAGUCCUGGAGUGUUGUAAGUACUGUGAAAUAGUUCUGGUAACUUUUCUGCACUAAGAAGAGGUAGAAAUCAUUUUACUGUAUUAUCAGAAUUUUUUGUUUUGUUCCAGCUGUAGUAAUGGAGAUGGGAUUUAUAAAAAGGUUUGUGUGGUAGAGUAACAAGACCUGAACAUUUUGGGGCCUAGCCUCUUCUUGCAGCUGUAGAACUCUCACUAGCACCAGUAGUAGUUUACCGCAUAUUCAAGGGAAUGAUAUACCUCAUGCAUCAUAGAAAAAGACCCCCUACAUACAGGUGAGUAAAGCUGAAAUCCCCAGAUAUUUCAAAUAAUGGAUGUGUGUGUAUAAAACAAAAUACAUAUUCUAAACAGAUAAGAGGGAAAAAAUGGCGCUAAUAAUACUUUUGCUGUAGCAAAUGGCAGACUGCUAGUUGAUAAUUCUAAAAUUUUAUAUUUUAAAAGAUAAUUGGGUAAAUUGUUACUGCUCACCUGUAAUAUGAGGCAAGUUUUGCUGGGUUAGUUUUAAGAUAGGUGGUCUUUGGUAUUCCUUCAUCCACAGCAUUUGAUGUCCAAAUGUUAACACUUUCAGUUGUGAUGCCUUAAUUUAUAAGCAAACAAAAGGGCCUGAAAAUUCAGUAGCCAAGAGAUAUGCCAAGCGGACACUGCAAAAAUCAAUAGAUGUUUAUAUAGAGGAUAUUUUGGAUGAUACUAUUGUCUUGUUUCUACUUUGGGAACAUUUGAAAGUGGAUUAGCUUUUAAGUGGAAACUGUAAACAAGUGGCUACUUGAUUGAAAGUUUUUUUUCUUGCCCUUAUAGGGAAACUGAGCACAAGCUGAAUAAUAUUGUCUGCUGCAAAAAAAAAAAAAAAAAGUCACUCACCCCAUCUUUACCCAUCAUCUCGUUACAGCAGGCUCAUGCUUCUGUAUGAGCUCAUUGUUAGAAGUUUUUUAAAAAAAA